AUGACGGAGCUUCGCCCCAUUGCCGUGCAGACAAUUGCAACCGGCGUUGCAGGCUGUGUGUGUUCUUUCACAGUUUUAGGCUUGAAGUUCAUUUCCCGGUACCACAAAAGCAUCUUCGGCGUUGACGAUGCGCUCGUCGCUAUUGCGUGGUUGAUUACCAUUCCUCUCACUGUCUCUUUCUACAUACAGGGCAAGAAUGGCAUGGCCUAUAGCCAGGACGAAAUACCCCUCGAUGUAUACCUCCUCGGAAGACAAUGGUUCUGGGCAUCCUCAUGGAUGUACUACCUCUCCUUGGGCUUCUCCAAACUCAGCGUAACCGUUCAGUUCCUCCGCAUCUUCAUCUCACCCAAGACUCUACUCGUCAGAAAAUGCACCAUCGGCUUCGUCACCUGCUGGACCAUCAUCUCCUUCUGCGUCGGAGCCUUCGAAUGCGUCCCCGUGGCGCGGUACUGGGACAAGCGGAUCCCAGGCAAGUGCAUCAACGGCGCCGACACCUUCCUCGCCAACGCAUGCAUGAACAUCCUCACCGACUUCAUCAUCAUCGGGAUCCCCAUCCCCAGCCUGCUCAAACUACAAGUCAGCACCGCCAAGAAGAUCGGGUUGAUGUUCGCCUUCUCGCUGGGCCUGGUCGUCUGCGCCAUAUCCGUCGCCCGCAUCCCGAUGGUCACGCUCGCCUUCGCGGCGGGCAAGCCCGGCAACCUCUCCCUGAUGAUGUGGUCCACGAUCGAGCUGCACGUCUCCAUCGUGUGCGCGUGCCUGCCGUCCAUCCGCCCGCUCUUCGUCUCCUUCCUGCGCUUCACCGGCAUCGACUCCUACCUGCGCUCGUCGAGCGCCCUGACCCCGUCCGCCAAGUCCAAAUCCAUGAACGCCUACGGCGGCGGCGGCGGCGGCAACGGACGGAGCAGGACGGGCGGCAGUGUUGUCGUCGUGACGACGGCGGCGAGGAGGGGCGCCGGGGGGAGGGUCGAGUAUAUCGAGAUGGAGGAGGGGUUGGGGGAUGCGAUUCAGGUGCAGAGGAGUGUGGAGGUGAAGUCGGAGGUGUAUCAGGCCGAGGAGAGCGUGAGGGGAGGGAGUAGUAGGAAGAGUGAUGAGGAUAGUAUUGAUCGGUUGGUGGGCAUGCCGGAUCGGUCGCAUAAUCGGGUGACGUGGAGGGAUUGA